AACAUCACUCUCUACAUCUGCUUCAUGCACACAACCGAUGAAGUCGACACCCCGUACUGGUUCACUCUCCGCAGAACUGAGAAUAACAACAACCAGUUCGUCUCCUUCGACCUCGCGUUUCCUGAUCCUGACGAGCCAAUGCCUUCCAUCAUCGCUUACGGUCCGGAGAUUUUCUUUAUCUCGGGAUCACUCGUUCCCUCUUCAACCAUGUGGAUCUUUGACACUCGAACCAACAAGUUUCGGCGAGGACCGAGUAUGAAAGCGGACCACUUUUUCAAGAGCGUGGGGUUGGUGGGGAGUAAGGUAUACGUGGUGGGAGGCAAUACGAGCGACGAGAUUCAUCAAGCUGAAUCAUUCGACGUAAAGACUCGUCAAAGUUGGGAACCGGCGCCGCGUCCUGUCAAAGAAAGGCCGAAUCUUUCGACUGCUGACGUGUCGUUAGACAGGAAGGUUUGCUCGUUGAUGGCUGCUGGAGAAACUGUUUGCUACAACACUGGAGAUGGUUCCUGUGAGGUUUUCGCGUUGCCAAAAGAUCUGUGGUGGAGAACUGGCGUGUGUGUGAUGGGCAAUGUGCUCUAUGUUUACUACGCUAGGUUCGGGUUGAUGUGGUAUGACACUGAGCUGAGGCUGUGGAGAAGAGUUAAUGGUUUGGAUGAUCUCAAGAAGGUUCGGUAUGUUGCAAUGGCGGAGUACUAUGGGAAGAUGGCGUUUUUGUGGAGAGAUUUUGCUGUUGUUGGUAGUGUGAUGGAGGAGAUUUGGUGUAGGAUGAUUGGUUUGGAAAGGAGUGAAGAAGGGAUCACUGGGAUUGCAGAAACGGCUCAGCUUGUAGGGUGUGUCCCUAGUGGCUAUACGUUGCAGCACUGUCUAUUAGUUUCAGAGUAAAGAGGAUAGAUAGACUGGAGCUAAUUAUUUUUGAAGUGUGUUGAUAGAUACAAUGCUCUGUUUCUUUUGUUUCUGCUGCAUCUUUCCAAAGACUGACAGAAGAUUGCUCUGUUUUUGUUACAAUAGAUGGUUUGAUAUGCUCG